AUUUAAUUUCUUGGAUUUUUGUUUAUUAUGUAGAUAGUUUAAAUAAUAAAAGUGUUAAUUUAUAUACGUGCGUUAUUUAAGUGGUAAGAUUUUCGGUGCAAUUAGUAUUAUUGGAAAAUAUCAAGAAGUUAAAAUAGCAAAUUAUCCAGAUUUGAUCCUAGCACCACAAUUUAUAAAUUAAUCAGACAUGGCUGACUAUUUCCAAGAAUUCAACAUCCAACCUCUAGCUGAUGGGGAAGCUCCCAAUCAUUUUUUACAUGCUGCCAGGCUUUUUAGAGAUUAUGGAAUGUUUGAAUUAUUAAUCGAUGGACAAAAUCCACCCCCACCAGCAGCAAAAAGUGUAAUUGAAAAUUUACAAAAUAAAGAAAUCAAACAUGACAAAGAACAAUGCACAGUUUGUUUGAGGUUUUUCAAAACAGGUGAUACUGGCAAAGAAUUACCUUGCAAACAUUUCUAUCAUUCCGAAUGCAUUGUACCAUGGUUGCAAAAAACAAAUUCUUGUCCACUAUGCAGACAUGAAUUACCUACAGAUGAUGAGGUAUAUGAAGAAUAUCGAAGGGAAAAGUUACGUUCUGUGCAAAGGGAACAGGAUUUAGAAAAUUUACAUGGUUCUAUGUUUGGCUAAUUUGAUAACCACACAUAGAAUAUAUAUUUCUUACCAAUAUUAAUAUCUUUGAUAUGUGGUUAAGAAGAUUCAUUUUAAGAUAGUUUUAAUGGCAUU